GGCAUCUCGUCGGAUCCCCAAACAAACCGAUGGAUAGAUAGUGACAUAGACAGACACGCUCACCCUUUUAUCAGCAUUCGAGCAUUGCACUCAACCAGAGGCAGAAUGAUUCAGCGGCGCAAUCCGUCUGGGCCGACAACGACCACCAACGCCGGUGAUGGUGCGCCUGGCUUGGGCCGGUCGGUUGCCCGGCGCAAGCGAAGACUGCACACGGAGAGAACCAGGCCACGACCGACGAUGGCACGAACAAUGUUCUGGGGGAUUUCCCUCGCCAUUGUGUUGGGUUUUGCUSCCGUCUCGAUCUCGAUUCCCACCGCGGCACUGGCAUUGGCGCUGGCUCCGGCCUGUUCUCCUUUUYCGUGYYKGCUGCGACAGGCGGCUCUCUCGACASGCGGCUCCGCGUUUGCGGUUCCUCGUCACGGUGAUCGACCAAGAAGCGACAGAAMCAAUCAACCCUCUGCACCAAAAACAACGCAUUGCUCGUCGUUGUUGCGUUCCUCGCAACUCGGGUUUGCUUCGUUUGACACGGACAAUGGCGGUGGGGAAUCCAAGCCAUCRGCGGCAGCGCURGCGGCGGCAACCGAUCCGUCACAAGAGGGCGGCGGCAGCGUCGAUGCGUCUCCCCCCGGUGGUUCCUAYACCGUCCGCGACUGCCAAUACCGGGAACUGAAACAGGUGGCGGAUCUCGUGGUGGAAUCCUUUUACGACAAGGCCACCACCAACAUCGUGGCACGCAAUCUCUACAAGCUCGCGGAGCUCAACCGGCUGCAGCAAAACUACGCCUACCCGGAAUCCCGCACGAAGCACCGGAUGCUGGUGGUCGUCGAGGCGAGCGAAAGAGCGRACAACGCCGGUGGCGACGAAGGUGCGAUCGUUGGCUUYUGCGACGUGGACGCCCGUCCGUGCCGGACCAAGCUGCGGCUGCCGCGGCCCUACCUCUCGGACCUGGCCGUGGAUCCGAACCAUCGGCGGAAGGGGCUGGCGCGGAAACUCGUGGAGGAAUCGGAGCGAUUCGUCUCGGGCCUAGAGGGCAACGGGAACAACGAAGACGAARAYSAARAYSAAAACGAAAACGACCAYUGCUGGCUCUGGAUCCGCGUCGAGGCGACCAACGAGGCGGCCCUCGGRCUCUACCGGGACGGGAUGGGCUAUUCGCGAACGCCGUGGUCGGUUACCGAUGCGUCGCUUCCGGUGGAUACCCAGGCGCGGAUCGAGGCCAAGGGAAGCGGGAACGCUUUCGCCGGCCAACCAUCGGGCGAACCGGAGGUCUGGACCCUGAGGAAGGACCUAGCGAGCCGGGAAUGAUUGGCUUCRAUUUAGAGUGGACACGCUUGGUUUUUUUGGAUUAGACUGGAUUGGAGAUYGGAUUCAUUCCAUUUCCGUUGCGUCCUGCUUCGAAUUCCCGUUCCGAUUCCCAUCARCAAAGCGAUUUUCAAAAAGCCCAAGGCCAAAAACGACGCUCGUCAUCGUUCCAACCUAAGAAUUGUACCGGUGCGAUAGCAAUUUGUAACUUCAAUACUYUUGAUGGUUGUACACACUAGUUAGUAGCACUUCMCAUACGAAUCGUAUUUUGAUCACGAUGUCAAAUUACGCGUCCAUGCAACGUCGUGAUGUUUGCGUAGAAUACUGGGGUAUUGAUACCUACGGUACGAUACGUACAUACGGUAAAGUACAUUAUUUGACGCUACGUACGAGUACGUACUGUUYAUUGUACGUUGACGGCCAUCAAAAUCCUUUCAACCAUAAACCUGAGAUAAUUUU